AAGUUACUGUGGACAGGAAAGGAGUUAAACCGAACGAUGAGGCCUUCAAACUUCAAAGCUUUGUUCCUUUGGCAGAAAAUUGGCGACCCGAAAAUUGCUCCGUCGACCACCACCCAUAGCUUGACCCGUUUGUGAUACAGGAGUUGCUCCACUUAUCCAUCAUCACCCGACUGCCAUUUUCCCUUUCUGAGAGUUGAAUCCAUCAUGGCUGAUGUUGAAUCUCAGAAAGGUUUCUUCAAGAAACAGUGGGAUGGCUAUAAGGAGUUCUGGUGUGACAGGUUUUCUUUCUUGGAGAAUUAUUCCAGAUUUAUCAACCGUGACAAACCGCUUCCCUCUUGGUCGGAAUCUGAUGUUGAAGAGUUCAUUGCCUCUGACCCUUUUCAUGGACCUGUUCUUAAGACUGCUCGGCAAGCUGCAAAAUACGGUGCUGUAGGCAGUCUCAUGGGUGCUGUUACAACAGCAGGAUGGGCAUGGAAAUACUCAAGAAGUCCACAUGGUGCUGCUCUAUCUCUAGUGGCAGGGAGUGUCUUUGGAUGGACUUUCGGACAUGAGAUCGCAAACCACCACCUGCAGCUGUAUCGGUUAGAUACAUUGUCUGCCCAGACCAAAUUCAUGGAGUGGUGGGAGAAGAAAGUUGAAGGACACUGAUCGGAUUUGUAAGCAGUUUAGAAUGCAAAUACCGCCAAUAAAGAUCAGCCAGAAGUUGUAAUGCUUUUCUGCUACUAAACUCCCAUCGCACGAGGUUUCACUUUAACGCCCCUCUGAAUUGACAGUCGUGUGCCGUUGCAUUGCCCUUUCUUUUGUUUUUGCAUAUAGUAACUGAAUUAGAAUUCUGAUUUCCUCUGGGGAAGAUUUCUGCCUACUGGUGUCUUGUUCUGUAGCUACAAAUGAAGGACAUCUGGUGCAAAUUAGACUGACAUUUGCAUUCCAAAUACAUCUACAAUUUCCCCCCCUCCUUUUUCUCUGUACGAUGCAUUUCACCUAAAUUUUAACCGUCUUUUUGCAGAAGAUGAAAGUAGUAUUGUCUGGGCAAUGAAUCAUAUUACAAUCAGGUCAUAGAGAAUGAAACUUUCCCAAUCUCUCCAGAGAUGAUCAUGAUCCUCAAAGUUUCAUUGUCCAAUUGGCUUUUAUUCUUCUUCCUCAGUCUAUUGCAACAAAAUCAAUUUGCUCAAGUUAGGAGUUGAAACAGAACAGUAAACAAGAAGAAUAAAUCAAAAUCCUUUUGUUUGCACAUUUGUUUUCAAGGAGUAUGAGAUGGCGGAACUUUUUCAUUCUUCCAUUCUAUCCCGUCAACUGCUCUGUUAAGCAGCUUGAAAACCUCAAAAUUCGGCAAUUUCAGGAAUUGCAGAAACCAUGAUCCAAGUAAAUCAAACUCCUCCGAUCUGGAUGGCAAGUUAAAGUUGACAGCAAAUGCAUAGCAUCGCAAACAAUCAUAUACAGUUUACUUGCAAAGUUAAUCUGUACUAAUUCUUUUCCUUCCAAUAGUUUAUCUUCAGUUUCUCCCUUUGAUUCCUCAAACUCUGCAUCCCCUAUUUCUCUUGUAUUCUUCAAACUCUCGAAGAUUGCUUCCCGAACAUGCUUGUUGUAAGGCUCAUACAAAGCUGCGCAGUUACAGUAAAAUCCGUAAUAAGUUUCUAUCUGGCCCGUUUCUAAGUUGUAUUACCAAAUUCAGAUCAUAACAGUGAAGUGAUUUCCUCCUCAUCAAGAUCUCCUUGACCUAUCAAUGUCAUUGUACUUGAGCCAAAAAACUUACGAACAUCAAUACAAUGACUCUUGCUUUGAAAAGCUUCCGAGCCAUCCGCAUUCCUAUGAUCAAUCUCUUCGAUGAUGGUGGCACAGAAUAAAACAGGAAUAACGCGGGAUUGUGGAAUGGCAAUAAUCUUGGCAGCUAGUUUUGGAGAUCUUACCCAGCCUCCUACCAUCAUCAGAAUCAACCCUGAUAAAGCUGAACUUGGGAUUGAUUUGCACAGCAAACCCAUCAUCUCCCAUCUGGACUCCCGAAUUGGCUAAGAAAAUGAAGGAAAUUUGGAAUUUGGCAACAUCUCCUCUUGAAUAUUAAAGCCUUGGAUCAAGACCCUUAAGACCUUAUUUAAACAACUCAUAUCUGAACUCACAAGGAAGAAGAACACUCUGCCAAAACCUAGAAGUGUGGAACACCAGCUGUAUGUUUUCAAUCUCGAAUAUAUGUUGCUGAACAAGUGAAUGGCUGACCAAAUACUAUUAAGUUUUUUCAUUGUUUUAAGGGUUAGCUUUGUUUGUUAGGGCAAGAAAGAUGACAACGAGCCUAAUAGAUUUUCUUACUUGGUCUUUAUUCCAAUGGGCCUUGGACUACAAAAGUGAUGCGGUCUGCUAAAAUGCGACAGAUAACUAAC